AUGGAUUGUGGUGAUGAAUGCCCUCAUCACUCGAGACAAACCGAAGUAACUCAUGUGGAUAGCAAUAAACAUACAGGAACCGACGUAUUAAAUCACUUUUCGGGACAAAUCGAAGUGGAUAGUAAUAAACAACCAUGUCAGCAUCCAGAAACCGUCGUAUUAAAUCAAAAUUUCCAGCACGGCACUUUCUCGAGACAAACCAAAGUUAGUAAUGAACACCUACAUCAGCAUCAUCCAGGAACCGACGUAUUAAAUCGAAAUUUCCGGCACAACCCUUCUUCGAGACAAACCGAAGUUAGUAAUGAACAUCUAUAUCAGCAACAUCCAGUAAUAAAACAAAAUAUACAGCUCCAGAAUGAAAAAGAACGGUUGGAAACAAAUUUAAAAUUAAAAGAUCAGACAAUACAAAAUCUGGUUGAUACGCACACAUCUCUGAAAGAUGAGGCUGCCAAAUAUCAAUUCGCUUUGGGAGAGGCAAAAAACUUUCGUUUUGGAGAUCAUGUUGGUCAACCGGUAAAUGACAUCAACGGUUUAAAACAGAACCUUGAAAGUUUUUGUAGUUUGAGAAGAACCGAUGUAAACGAGGAUGAGACGAAAAAACUUUUGAAUAAGGAAGAACUUAACAAACCCCUAAUCGAAGGUGUCUUGCAACAACAUAUCAUCAAAACGGUCAUUCAAGAAGCCAACGAGCAACUCAAAACCGAAGGAAACCAAGAAGCCAACGAGCAACUCAAACCUGAAGAAAACCAAAGAGUCAACGAGCAACUCAAGACCGAAGGAAAGGAUAUGCAAUAUCUGGAAGCAAAUUUGGUUUCUACAAUAAAUAAGUUGCUAGAAUAUAUGGAUGAUUUUUCUAAAUAUCGUGUUGGAACCGAUGAAAUUAUCGAUGCCACUCCUACGAAAUUACGCCAGCUUGUUUAUGCUAUCCUUGGCAAUCGAGGAUUUGCAAUCCCUGAUAAAGAAGGUGAGCAUCCGUUCAUUGCACAAUUGCGGAAAAAAAUUGUCGAAGAAGUUAAUCGUUACCGAACGGUAAAAAAACCCGAAAGAAAAAAUCAAAUCGAAUCUAUGGCUAUUGGAAUUAUCCGACAGAUAAUAUCGAUUUUCUGUUUCAGAUUGAAGGUUCAAGAACCUGUUGUGGAGUAUAAAUGGUAUGAAAGAUCCGAAAUAAUUAAUCCGGAAUUUAUGGAAGUAUCAUGUGAUGAAAAUGAACUCGAUAAAAUAAUAGUUGAUGUUUGCUCGUUUCCUUUAAUUGGAACCAAUCUUGGCGACAAAAAAUAUAAAGUGAUCACUCAGGCAUCGGUUGUAGUAACCAAUCAUGAAAUUAUUUAUUGA